GAUUACUAUAAAUACAGGAAUAUUUAUUUAUAAAUUAAUCAAUUGAUGCAACACCAACAGUAAUGCUGAUUCAAAGCAUUAUCAAAUAACAUAAACUGGAACUUUACAUUUCACAAAUCAAAUUUGGGACCUGUUAUAACUAAAUGGAAUAUCUGAUCUGAAAGUAUCACUCUACAUUAAAAAAUUACAGGGAGCAAUGUCGUCUCAAGAUAUAAGUUCUACUGAUGUGAUUGUGCAAAGUGAUGAAGAUACAAAUAUUGUUUCAUCAACCACUCAUACUUUUGAGUUUGAAGGAGAUAGUUUCAAAGCAGCAGGUAGAAAAAUACAAAGAUAUAUGUGUAAACACUGCGACUUUGUAACAGAAAAAUAUUCCAGCAUUUAUGUCCAUUUUAAGCGCUCACAUCCUAGACUUGCAAAAGCAGGUAGUCCCUUAAGGCAUUAUAACAGGACUUUUGGUUUCCCCCAAAAUAAGCACAUCCCCACAUUAUAUGCUUGUCAACAUUGCAACUAUAUUACAUUAAAUAUGAGAGGUUUCAUAAACCAUAGUUCUAGGAAGCAUCCAAGGAGAAAAGUCAAUCCCAUAAAGCAGGGAUCACCUAUUACAACCUCUGUAAAUAAAAAGUAUUUGGAAGCACUUUUUAUGUCUAGAGAAGAACCGCAGAAAAAUAAGCGAAAAAUUCAAAGGCUUUUAGCAACUUACCAUGCAGAUUCAAAAGUAGUGCAAGAGCCACCGCAAUAUCUAUCAACUGGUUGUAUACUGUGCAAUCAAAAUUUUUUAUCAACUGCUAUGCUAGGUCAACAUUAUGAACUGUGUCAUUCUCACCAAGGUCCGAAAAAAAGUCAAAAAACAGGUUUUUAUCAUUGCAAAUUAUGUCCUCAUGAGGCUUUAACCAGAAUGACUCUCUAUAAACAUUAUGCAUCGUCACAUUUCAUGGAUGCAUUUUAUGCGUGGAAUGUUCCUUAUUUGGAGCCAAGUUUGAUGAAAAAGAAUGAAGACUUGGGAAGGACUGAAGACAUACAAGUGACUAAUGUAACACAUAGUGAUUUAUACGACACAAAGAAUAUUGCAACGGAAAAUCUCGAUAUUUUUUCAUCAUCCACAGUUCAGUGGAACAUUAAUGAUUCUACACAGAAUCAAAUAUCAGAAAGUCGCAUUCCGUGUAUUCUUUGUGAUUUUUCCACAAUAAAUCUUGUUGAACUGUUGUCUCAUUAUCAGGACUGUCAUGAGGCUCGUUACCCCAAAGGACUCAAAUCGACUUUGCAUACUUCACUGAUGGUACAUGUUGUUCGAGUGAAUAUACCUCACACUGAUUCAUUUUAUAUUAAUCCUGUUUCUGGAGCAUCAUUGGAUGAAAGUCCCACUAUUGUGGAACAUUAUGUAUAUGAAUGUCAGUUAUGUGUUUUUUACUGUAACGAUUUUCAAUCUAUGAUGAAACAUUUUGUGGAAAAUCAUCAUUCAGUGGAAGAAUGUGUCAAUCAUGUUGCGUGCAGAAUUUCCACAAAUGUGCCCAAAAGAGUUUCAAAUUACUUCAUGGAAUGUAUAGAAUGCGGUUACAUCGAUUAUUCAGGCUCGAAAGAUGAAAUGGUAAUUCAUUUACAGCAAGAACAUUUUGUUGUAUCAUAUGAGGAAUCCUUCCUUACUCAUCCAAUAACGGAGCGCAGAGUGUGCGCACAUUGCAGUAUCACGACUGAUGUGGAUUUUAUGCAGUGGCAUUAUGCUCAUGUUCAUAACAUGAACAAAAUGCUAUGGCACAAUCUUGAAUUGAAGCUUCCUAUUCUCAAACAACGUCCCUUUAAAUGCUCUUCAUGUUCAUUCCUCAGCAUUGAUGAUGUUGAAUUAGCUUUUCAUUACCAAAAUGAACAUUCUAGAAAAUAUUUAACUUUCACAACAUUGAGUGAUAGAUACCGAUGUAUGCAAUGUCCAUUUAUAACAAGUAAAUUAUCUGAAAUGAUAAAGCAUCAUUUUGAACAUGAUAAUAGUAAUGCUCCCGUAAGGUCAUCUACCAGCAAAAGUAAUCGGUAUCUUUCAUGUAAGCAUUGUGGGAAGAUAUUUGGUGCUACCUCUCAUUUAUGGGACCAUAUUACACAAUGUCACUGUCCUAUAUCACAAUUGCUAUGCAUUAAUGAUUUGUCAUUUCACUUUAUAAAAUAUGGUUUCUGGAAUGAGGAUAUCUCCAAGAGUGAAUCAGGAAGAAAAAGUAACCAACUUCCUUUCACAAAUAGUGUUGCAAGCACCAGCGAUUCGAACGGCACUCCCGAAAUUGAGAGUGGAAAUAGCUCACAUACAUCUACUUCUUCAGAUACCGGAGAUAGAUUGCUUUGUAAAUUUUGUUCUUAUGAAACUGGUUACCAUCCCAGUAUGAGUCGGCAUUUAAUAUCGAAUCACAGCCAUAAUGUGACAUUUCGUUGUUUCAAGUGCGACAUAGAGUUUUCUACUAUCAUGGAUUGCAUUCGUCAUCAUUUAUGUAUACACGGACUCAGAAUGACUCGACCAGCUGCUUAUAAUAUGCUUCUGAAUGAUGUUACAAAAAUUCCGCAGAGCCGACCAAAGUUUAUGUGUGCUUGGUGUGGAUAUAAAGCCUUUUCGUUAUCAGCAGUUUUAAACCAUUUUAACGCAAAACAUGUGACAGAUCAAGUUACGAAAAAGAAGGAAAACAGUGACCAAUAUUACUCUUGCCACUGGUGCGAAUAUGUCACAAAGAAUGCAACCAGUAUGAGAUCUCAUACAAGCUCGAAACAUAAUUACGCUAUUUCCUAUCAAUCUUUACGGAAUUUCAGAAUAAUUGAAAGUGAUUCUUCGUUUUCAUCUUACUCAUCAGAAGAGGAAUAUAGUCCGUUGGCUAAAGUUCGAAAUCGUAAAUCAAAAUUUUCUUUAAAAUCGAAGAGAGCAAAAUUCACUUGUGUGAAACAUUGCAGUAUUGAUAGUGACUCUGAUUUUUCUGACUCGGAAGUUUAUAAAAGCACUCACGUCCGAUGCAAACAUCAAGUUAGAUAUCCAUAUACAUGUAGAUUUUGCAUGAACGCCUAUGUAUGUGCAACAACCUUUCUAAAGCACUGUGUAAACGAACAUCCACUGUGGUGUUCAACGUCAACUGCAUUGAAGUCUAUAACAAUUCUACCUGAUCCGAUUGCCCUUUUGUCGAAAUCAAGAUUCUCGAAGGAGAUUACCAGGCUUUGUGAGUUAUGCCACAAAACUUUUGAAACACUAAUAGAACUCCAAGAACAUGCACUGGAUAUCCAUAAUGGACAAACGAUUUACAAGUGCGUGCAUUGUCAAUUUUGUUCUUUUGAUGAGAAAAAAACACUCACUCACUUCAAUAAACAUUCGUUUACUUCAAAUCAAUCAGAAAGCAAUAGGCCAGCAAAUCUCUUGGCAAGUUGUUCCAGUACAUCCAAUACACCAAUCAUAGAGCAAUCACAGACAACAUAUACUGACAAAAUUGUACAGAUUGAAUCAGAUAGCAGUGAUGAUGGAUUACCCAUUAUAACUGCCACAGGAAGUCGGGGAGUUCCAAUAAAUGACAUAGCACCACAGAGAAGAGCGAGAAAAUCUAUAAGAGGAUAUAAUAUGAUGGAUAUAACAGAAAAAACAAGUCAUCCAAUGUCAACAGCCAACAGCACUCCAGAACCAUCUCCAAUAAAGGAGACUUUUGAUGGGGAUGAAAUGUUUUCUUCUUAUGGAGAAAUUGAAGAAAAGUCUGAAACAAUAGAUGGCAAUGACCCUAACAUUCAUUUUGAACAUUCUGUAUCUCAUGAUGGCCUACUUAGGUGCAGUAAGUGCGACUUUUACUCAACAGACUCGGAACGUAUGGCUGCUCAUAUCAAAUGCACUCAUAUGUCAACUAAAGAUUACGCAUGCAAAUUCUGCGAUUAUGUAUCUGAUAGUUUUGUUAGUUUAGAUGAGCAUUUGGCAGAAUUUCAUAAGAUUGAAAAAAAUCAUCAACUUGGAUUACAAAUGAGAUUUUCAAUGGAAGAUAGUCUGGUUACAUCUGAGGCAGCUUCUGAAGCUAUUUCAGAAAUGAAAAGCCGAUUCUUAUAUACUCCUACGCCAUGUUUACCAAUACUCCAUGAGGAAGUUAGUUAUUUGUCAAAUACCAGGGGUGGUAUUACAGAUGGUGCCUCAUCAAGUUUGGAGAGAUUCAAAUGUUCAUACUGCGGUCAUAUUGAAUCAUCGACAUUCAAGUUAGAAAUGCAUAUGAGACGACAUGAAGGAAAUUUUGAAGAAAAUAUGGGAUCGGUUGAUACAAUGAACUAUCAAAUGAAUAAAAUGGGAAUAGUGUACAAUUAUCCCUAAUAUUUGUGUUAUAGCUUUUGUAGCUAUUGGUUUGCCUUUGUAGAUUUCUGCAUAGUAUGAGAUUAAAAUGUUGAUGCAGAGGCAGAGCAUACACAGUAUUGGGUAAAUGUCCCUAAAUCUCCAGUUUGAAGUCCAUCACUGAGUGAAUCAAUUACUCGAGUCUCAAUCAUUGA